GCAUACCAUCUCAAAAGGAAAAUAAAUAGUCCUCAUUUAUAUAUUUAUUAAAUCAUCAAAUAACUUUCUUUAUUACUGUUUUGAUAUUUCACAACUCAUAAUUCGGUUUACCCCAUUAUAUUGACAAUAUCUGAAUUGACUCAAAUGUAACUCACCUCUGCAAAGUCUAGUUUGGGAAAUUACGCUAUGUUUAACCCGGAAGAGAGACGAAUGCAGUUCGAUUGAAGAGACGUAAUCAUUCUUUAACAGAAGGCCAGAUGAACAACCUGAAUGACCCCCAGGAAUGGAACAUCAGGCCAGAGCAGAGGGGGGGUGGUGGUGGCAGCGAUGGGAACAAGUGGAACUAUGCCCUACUGGUGCCAAUGAUCGGUCUCGCUGCCUUUCGGUGGAUAUGGUCCAGAGAGUCACAGAGGGAAGUGUUGGAGGUGAAAGAAAAGUUUGACAAGAGCAUGCAGGCCAUCCGUGAUGACAUGGAGCUGAAGUACAAGGACACGCUGAGAGAGAACCGACGGGAGACGGUCCACCUGGAGCUGGAACUGGAGAAGGAGAAGAACCGCGUGCAGGGCUACCGCCAGGCCAUAGCCUCCCAGGGCCAGCAGCUGAUGGAGGAACGCAGGAGGCUCAGCCAGGAGCGGGAGGCCCUGACUGGCGAGAAGAGCCGACUGCUGCAGGCUGGCGGAGCUGGGGCCCUCCUCCACACGGCUCUGGAGAGGGAGAGCGAGUGGCACCGGGGAGCCAUAGCUGCUCUGAGGGAGGUGGAGGAGGGUCUGGCGGAGAGGCAGGGGGCCUUCUGCAGCAUCCUGGUGCCCCGGGAGAAGAGGCUGGAAAUGGAGAAGGACUUGCUGGUCAGAGCUGGCAGAGAACGGGCUCUCGCCCAGCUGGAUAUGGAGGCCGGCCUCAAGGACAUCUUUAAAAAUGACCGCAACUGUGCACAGUACCUGAACACUGACAAGCGCAAGAACGGUAGUCUGAUGUGGAUCUACCUCAGAUACUGGCAGCUACAGGUCACACUACAGAAACACAGGAGAGCAGAGGCCACGUUGUUGGGAACACAGUCUAGCAAUCUAUGAUGUCGCUGGGAUUAUGAGCCAAAGUGAUAUUUAUUAAUGAUGUGUAAUAUGUCCUACGAGGAAGGACAAGCAUUUAAAAUGAGUACAGAAAAUUAUUGUUGAUGAUCUAAAAAUGUGUAUCUGAAAGAGAAAGUAAAAAUAAAAACUGUAAACAAUAUGGUUAACCCUGUAAAGCACUUAUUGAACCUAAAAUGUUAUUUUCAUGACCAAUAUCCUAUUCAUAGAAUCCUAGUGUUUUAUUUUUUAUUAAACUAAAUGUUUCCAUCAUACAGUACAUCUCAUCUGAAACCUGUGUUUGUGGGGUAUGCAAAUAAAGUACCGCACUUGCACUGUGUAUAUCAGUUGUCAUGACGCUAGCCCUUUCAAUGAAGGCCCCGCCCAAGUGAGUAGAAAUUGGUUAGAAAUAAUGAACCAACCCCUUUUCCACUCUAGAAUAAAAGACCCCGUGACGAAAAGUCACUUGUUUAAAAAGGGCUAAUUCUAAUUUCAACUCUACAGGCCAGAAAACGUGAGACCUUGCGCCACACGUGAAAUGGUAUGAACUCUGAACUAUUGAUCACUCAAGAACAAGUGUGUCCAAGAUUACAGUCUAACAGACUGCAGCUGCAAAGGUAGCAAAUCUAGUAAGAACAUUAACCGACGCAGAAAAUCACAUCUCACUCUAAGACGAUCCGGUAGAAUCUACAAAGGACAAUGGUAACCUCGACUGGGCAAACCAGAGCCUCACACCACCAGCUCAACUAUCGAAGCCAGCUUCACGUAAAUGCAAUGCAUUACCUUUCUCCGAACGAUCGAUCGUUAGUGGCAUAUGUAUUUAUAUGAGAAUAGCUUCCCAUGUCCGAUAGAGACCCAUUUCUUAGUCUUCCUUCCAACAACACCCCCCCCCCCCUUCCACUCUGAAUCUGUCGUGUUAUAACAAUUGUUUUUUGUUUUGUCCAUUGGGGACGGUAUUUACUCUAAUGUAUUGUAUAUUCUGUAAUUGUUUUAUUAGUUAAAUAAACAAUUGAGCCAA